CCCCGCGCUCUGACCGGCCCCCCCCGCUCUGACCGGCCCCCCCGGGCCCCGAGCUCGCCCUGCCCCGCUCCCGAUGCGGGCGGCGGGUUUCUCCCCUCCGCGAUGAAGCUUCUGCGCUGGCUGCCCGCGAUCUUCAGCCACUGGCUGCUGCUGAAGGUGGUCUGCGUGGAGGGCCACAUGACCAAAACCCUGGGCUACCUGGAGCUGGGCACCUCGGGGCUCCUCAAGACCCUCCCGUCCGGCGCCUUGAAGCCUCCGCCCCUGCCCCCGGCCCGGCUGUUCUCCGGGGAGCCCUCAAAGGCCAAGGCCGGUGCCCUGACCCCCUGGGCCUGGCCUAGGAACCAGACGGGUGCCGAGCCCCCGGGCCAACGCAAGCCCUUGCUCAAGACGGGCCGGGCCCGGAAGAUCUUCGGCUGGGGCGACUUCUACUUCAACAUCAAGACGCUCAAGUUCAGCCUGCUGGUGACGGGCAAGAUCGUGGACCACGUCAACGGCACCUUCAGCGUCUACUUCCGGCACAACUCCUCCAGCCUGGGCAACGUCUCCGUCAGCAUCGUGCCCCCGGGCAAGGUGGUGGAGUUCGACGUGCUGGGGCCCCCGCCGGCCACCGAGCCCCAGCAGGCCACCCUGCCCGAGGCCAAGGAGCCCAGGGCCUUCAACUGCCACGUGGAGUACGAGAAGACCAACCGGGCCCGGAAGAACAAGCCCUGUCUCUACGACCCGGCCAAGGUGUGCUUCACCGAGCACACGCAGAGCCACGCCGCCUGGCUGUGCGCCAAGCCCUUCAAGGUCAUCUGCAUCUUCGUCUCCUUCUGCAGCUUUGACUACAAGCUGGUGCAGAAGGUCUGCCCCGAUUACAACUUCCAGCACGACCGCCCCUACUUCGGCUGAACCCCCUCCCGGCCCCCCAGAAUAAAAACCCAGCUCGCACAGCGUCCAGGGGGCGGGGAAGGACCCUGCCUCGCCCUGGUGGGGGUGGUAGAUGGGCUUCUCCCAGCCGCCUGGAGGAGGGGGUGCCGUGGAACGGGCGCGGGGGACGCUGUGCGGCCGCCCCCACCCCGGGCUGUGGCGAGCCCCUGUGGGGAUCUGUGGACCGGACUCUUUGCUCCAUCAGCUACGGUCCUCCGGAACCGCUCGGGACCGGCCAGGCCGGGCUGACGCAGCCGGAUCCCCUUGGACCGCGGUGGAAGGACGGGCGGGGGGACAUGUGAGCAGCGCAGCCGGAGCCGGUGGCCCCAUCCCUGCUGGGAAAUGGGGGGACGAGGGCCAGGGGCUGCACAGGGCGACCGAGUGACACGUAUCCAGAGGUGCAAAUCGGCACGGGGGUGUGUGUGUGCACCUGCGUGUGUAAAUGUAUCUGGGAUAUUGGGGGUGCUGGCUAGCGUGUGAUUGGUGGGGGUGUGCGUGUGUAAAUGUAUCCGUGAUAUUGGUGUGUGUGUGUCUGUGUGUAAAUGUAUCCAUGAUAUUGUGGGGGGAGGAUGUCAGGUGUUGGGUGCAGUGUGAUUCGUGGGUGUGCAUGAGUAAAUGUACCAGUGAUAUGGGGGUGCUGGCUGGUGUGUGAUUGGUGGGGGUGUGCGUGUGUAAAUGUAUCCGUGGUAUUGGGGGUGUUGUCGGGGGGUGUCAGGUGUUGGCUGGAGUGUGAUUUGUGGGUAUGCAUGUCUGUGUGUAAAUGUAUCCGUGAUAUCGGGGAGUGUGUGUGUAAAUGUAUCAGUGAUAUGGGGGGGUUAGCUGGUGUGUGAUUGGCAGAGGCAUGCGUGUGUAAAUGUAUCAGUGAUGUGGGGUGUGUGUGUACGGAUUGAUGGCUCGGGGCCCAGCGCAGACAGGUACCUUUGCCAGCCAUCGCCUGGGGUGAGCCAACCCGCCCUUCUGGCUCCUCCUGGGGGGGCUGGGGCUGUGGUGAGAGCUGCCUGCUGCCGGCCCUCCCGGCUCUGACCCCAGCGGGCUGCGUGGCUGAGCCAGGAGCCGGCCCCGGGGAUGAUGGGGCGAUGCCUGCCCAGCGCUGCACCCCCGGGUCCAGCCCGGCUGCAAGCGGGCGCUGCUCUCCCUUCGCUCCCCUGGAGCCGUGCCCACCCCUGCCCCCUGCGCAGGGGAGGGAGCACGUUAUUCGGGAGGGGACCAGGGCCUCCCCCCAUUUCUUUCUCCCCCAUGUGCCCCCUGCUCAGCCCUGCCCAACUGCACCCCCGCCCCUUGCAGGCCGCAGGGUCGCCCCGGUGCUGUGGGACGGAAGCCGUGGGGGGGGGCCUGCCUGCUCCCCUUUCCCAGCCCCAGGCUCUCCCCCUUGCUCAGGGACCCCCCUAGACCCCUGCAGGGCUGGGAAGGAGCCGACCGAGGGCGUGGGCGAGGGGGAAGGCAGAUCAUGGCCGGAUUCCCACGCACGGCUAAGGUGGCAAAGGGCGACAGAGAGUCCAGCAGAGAGAGUGUGAAGUAAGACCAUGGGGGGGGGUUGGGUGUGUCGCACAUCUGUGCACUGGUGUGAGUUUGCAUCCUUUGUGGCUGUGCGUGCACCUGUGGCCCUGCGUGUGUGCGGCUGUGCACAUGUGGGUGCCUGGAUGUGUAUCCGCGGGGUGGUCACACACUUGUGCGUGUCUCCGUGUGUCUCCCUGCAGCGGGCUUGGUUUCGCAGCCCUGGCACGGAGGGAGGGGGCCCAGCCCUGGCUCCCCGAGAUGUGCCCCUGGAUCUCAGCAAGAGCCUUCCCCUGCUUCCCCCCCACAUCUGGCAGUGCCAUCCUGCCCAGCCCCCAGCCACGGGCGUGGUGCCCGCCAUGGGGGCAGGCAGGGCCCCUCCAGACAGAGCCCCCCCAGCUGUCGAUCGCUCGUCACCGCCCCGUCAGGAGCUAUAAAAUGUGCAUUUGAGUGAAGAAGUAGGUGCCAUGGGGUUGGGGGGGCCAGGACGAGCUGGGAUCACCCCCCCCGGGCUGAGCUGUGCACUGGGUCGGGGGUCACAGUCACCCCCCCGUGCUCCGGACAGCACCCCUCCGGCUCAGUCCCCCCCCCCCCCGUGCUCCGGGCAGCA